AUGACAAACUUUGUAAAAAGAAUUCUUACAAAGCUUGAUAUAUUUGGCUCUAAUGUAGGCUUAAACUAUAAUAAGAAUAAUAUGUUCUAAACAUCAAUAGGAGGCAUUUUGAGUAUCUGCUUUUGUGUGCUUAUUGGAGUUUUUUUUUGGAGCAAUAUUUUAGCUUUUUUGAGAAAAGAUCAAGUGUUUUCAAAUACUGUCAAAACAUAUUGGACCAACCCUUCACCAAUAAAUCUGAAUGCAAACAAAUUCAUGUUUGCAGUUAAAAUUUAAUAAACUAAUUUCAUUGGUUAGCCUUAUCUAAAUAUCAGUUUACAAACUAGAGAUUACGAAAACUUUGAAAAUGGAACCCAAAUCUAAAACAAAUUUAAUCAGUUUUUGGAACCUUGUACCCUUGAGCAUUUCUCUCAACUCCCAUCUCAUGGAAUAAAUUGGACAGAAACUUUCUUUAAAAUAAAUUUUACAGAUUUUUUGUGCCCUUAAUUAAAUUACAACUUCACUCUUGGAGGAAAUUAUAAUAGUCCUAAUUUCUAUCAUUGGAAAAUUACUGUAAGUAAAUGUUAAAAUAAUAGCUUGCCAGAUGCACUAUGGAAACCAAAAUGUGCUCCUUAAGACAUAAUUAAUAAUUACUUUUAGCAGAACUAAAAUGUGAGGCUUUAAAUUUAUACAACCAAUUUUAUAAUGAAUCCUUUGCAAAGUACAGACUAUGUCACAAGUUUUAUAGAGGACUCUAUUAUAUUUUCUAUUUAAUAAAAUGUUGCUUAUACUACUGCAGAUAUAUUUUUCACAGAAUCAACUGUUUCAACUGAUUAGAGUCUGAUUCCUUUUAAAGAUAUUCAAAAUGAAUAAUAUUUGACAUAUUCUUUUGGUAACCUUAGAUAAUAGUAUGUAAUUGGCAACUAAUCUACAGUUUUUGGAGAUUUUUAUAUUAGAAAAGACAAUAUGGCUUACACAUAUAAUAGGUAUUUUUUGAAAGUUGGUGAUAUACUUUCAUACAUAGGAGGAUUUACUCAAGUAUUCAUUUUAGUAACUGCUAUUAUUGUAAACUAUUAUAAUGAUUACAUGUAUUCUAUUUCAUUGGCUAAUAAAAUUUAUGAUUUUGAAUUUGAGCUUGAUAAGGAUGCUGAAAUUGACAAAAACAAGAAAUAAAAUAAUCGGGGAACUAUUAAAGGCUUAAAAGAUAAAAAAUCUGCUUUUUAUGGAAAAUCAAAAAUGGGUCAAGUGUAAGUAAUAGAAGAAAAAUAAGAAAAUGAAGUGGAUAUUUCUGAUACUUCUUCAAUAAAAAAUCAUCAUAACUAAAAUAAAGAACUAAAACCAGAUAUAGAUAAGUUUAAACAAAUAUAAACAUAGGCUAAUAGUGAGUAGAUUAAAAUAGAGAUUCCUACUGUAAAUGCCAAACAAGAUAAACCAAAUAAUGAAAUUUUUUAAGACAGAAAGAAGAAGAACAAAAAAAUCACAAAAAGAGAAGAUGAUGGGCUCCUGCCCUUAGAUAAACUUAAGCAAAUAAUUGAAUAGAGAGCUAAUUAUAUUUCAUCUAAAUAAAGUUAAAAAAUAAAGGAAGAGGAUGAAGUUAGUAUUUGCUAAAAUGAUAUAAAAGAAAGCUAAAUUGUAGAAUAAAGAAACAAACAAUACACUCAUCAAUUUUUUGAGAAUGUUGUAAAGAGUGAUUUUCAACAGUUAGAAUAAAAAGAUAAUGUUAUGAAUGAAAGUGUGAUUCCUGAAUCACCUAAUCCAUAAGAUGUAAAAUAAAAAAAGAAUAUAUUUUCAAAUGACUGCAUAAAAGCUGAUGAUAUUCAAAAACCUAAUGAAAAAUAAAAAACUUAAGAUGAAAUUUAGUUAUAAAGCUAGAAAAUAAUUUAGGAAGCCAACACAAAUCAGUAAGAUAAUACAUAUUUAAAGUAACAGUAAAGUUGGUAAAAAAUUUAUAGCACCAAUUAAAUCAACCAUAUAAAUCCUCUCUCUUCUUAAUCAAUUAAUUCUCCUUAGAAUAAUUAGAAUAAGUAGCUCUUUGAUGGACUAGGCUUUAGAAAUAAGUAACAGUUCUUAAAAAAAGAAUUUGAAUUCCUACUUAAGCGAUAGAGGGGAAUCACAAUGACUCUAAAAUUCUUUUUGUACAAAUUGUCUUGUGAAAAAUUUUUCAAAACGGAAUAAGUUUUGCUUCUUGAUAAGGCAGAAAAAUAGCUUAAGAACGAUCUUGAUAUAUUUAUGAUUCUUAACAGAAUAAAGGAAUUGGAGAAAUUCAAAUCCUUGUUUUUAGAUAGAAAUCAAGAAAUUCUGUUCAACUUCUUCCCUAAACCUAUUAUUUCUAUUAAAAAUAGCAAUAGCAUACUUUCAUAUGCAGAAAUGACAGAACUUAUGAAGGAAUAAAAAUAUUAAAGAUAAAAAUCAAUCAAAGUAAACACAACAUAUAUGAAAAAAAUGAAGCUUAAAUUUAAAACAGCUUUGCUAGUUACUAAAGCUAUUUAGUUAUUUAAAAGACCACUUAAUAGAAAAAUUGAUAAAUUUGAUUCUUUAAAUGCUUACUAAAAGCUUUAUGAUGCUUACGAAUAAGUAAGAUCACAGGGCAUAAAUAAUAAGAUUAAUACAAAACUAAUUGAACUGCUUGGCGAGGAAAUGAACAAAAUUCUUAACAUAGCUAGCUUGCUUGAGGUCAAGAAUUUUAAAAAACCAGAAACUCAGACUUUAAUUUAAGAAAAUUUUAACUUACCAAUGAAUUCUAACAGUAUGAGAUAAUUAUUUCCACAAGUUUCACCUAGAAUAGAUUCUUAUAGAAGCUACUCAUUUUAACAAAAGUAAGGUGAACAAUUUCUUUCAGCUGAAUGUUUGAAUGAAAACAAAUAAUAUCUUAUUUAUAACUACCCUUCAUAAGAAUGA